AUGUCGGAACCCAUUCCAAUCACUAUACCCCUGCGAGAGUUCAAAGGUCAUGAAAAUGAAGUAAAUGCAGUCACAGUGUUCCCCGAUAAUCGACGGAUGGUUACGUGCUCCUAUGACAAGACACUUCGUCUGUGGGACUUGAAGACAGGUGCUGUGUUGCAGAAGAUGGAGGGGCAUCGUGGUUGGGUGUUGAAAUUGGUGGUAUCACGAGAUGGGCAAUUAAUAGCAAGUGGUGAUACAGACGGAGUGUUCAUCGUUUGGCACGGAGAAACUGGCGAAUCUCUCACCCAACCUAUCGAAGCUCACUCCUAUCAGCCCAUCUACUCGCUAGAUUUUUCUCCUGAUGGAACAGUGCUGGCUACUGGUUCAUGGGACAACGCAACGAAGCUGUGGAACACCAAAACUUGGAAGCAACAAGGAGAUUCAAUCAAGUGUCGUAGAACUAUCAACUGCAUACAGUAUUCGCCGUCUGGAGAACGUCUUGCCAUCGCUACAAACGACAAGAUCGAAAUAUAUAAUCCAGACACGACGGGACACGUCGCAUCCUUCAAGGCCCACACAUUAUGGAACUUGUUCCUCGCGUGGACGCCCGAUAGCGCACGGAUCCUCACAGGUGGCGAUAAUUCUGAUCCUACCAUACGCGAAUGGGAUACAACAACCUGGAAACAGGUUGGUGAUCCCUGGACCGGUCACACUCACUACAUCUAUUCCAUCGCUGUCAAUGCUACUGGCACACUUGUCGCAUCAUCAUCUUUUGACAACCACAUUCGUCUCUGGCGGCUCUCAGAUCAACGAAACAUUGCUACCUUCAAGCACUCCUCCAUUGUUAAAUGUGUCACUUUCUCCUUGGAUGGCAACUACAUCCUCAGCGGAGGUGUUGAUAGGAUCCUAGUCAUCACGACAGCCCGCGAUUCAUGCAUAGAUGGAGACUUAACUACUGCCGAAGCACUACUCACGCAAGAUAUCGACAGAGAUCCGAACAACCAUACAUCCUACGCCCAUCGCUCAUUUGUUAUGGCCCGAAAAUACAAUUGGGGCGACGCCCUUCAGGAUGCAAUCAAAUCCAUCAGCAUUCAGCCCUCAUUGACAGGGUAUAUUUCCAAGGCUAUCGCCCUCUGUGGACAAGGCCAUAUCCUGGACGCGAGGCCAGCAUUUGAUGUUGCAUCAAUUUACACGGACCAAGAUUCGCAAACCAUUUAUUUCCUGCUCUUGAUCAAAGCCAUCGCCUUUUUCAAUGCAGAUCAACAUGACGAGGCAAACCUGCUCCUCAAAGAACUUGCUGCUGGUUGUCCGAAUGCCGAUACUCGCGCAUGUCAUAUCGUGGAAGCAUAUAUAUGUGUUCAACUCGGAAUUAAAGCCUUAGAUGGUGCACGCUACGAAGAAGCUGCUGACCAUUUCACUGCCGCUCUCAACUCCAGCGCUUUAUCAUCGAAAUCGGACAUUCACGAAGUGUACCAGGAUUUGGUGGUGCUCUUCGGCUGGGAUCUCAAAUCGUUAUGGCUCACUGCACACCAGAAAUGUUGUCAUGCACUUCUUCGGGCAGGUAAACUCCAAGAUGCCGUGAAAUCAUACCAAUAUAUGAUGGCUUCGAGUGACGAAAACACCAAGACAGACUGUCUUGACUGGUCCAAUGGCAAGUCUGGAGUUUCUUUCACAGAAGAAUGCAGCGCGCUCUGCAUUACCAAAGGAGAUGCUGCCCUCGCUGCAAGCAAAUAUGACAGGGCUAUUGACCUAUACUCGGCAUCGAUUGGCCUGGAUUCUGCAUCCGAUGUCGUCUUUAUAAAUCGUAGCAAGGCAAAGUUGGGAAAAAUGUCAUGGGAGGAUGCGCUUCUCGAUGCUCAAAAGGUUACCGAACUCAAUCCUUCGUCUCAUGUUGGAUACCAGUUAGCACAUACAGCGCUGCAUGGCGCGCAACGUUAUGACGAAGCUAUCAAGGCCUUCACAAUCAUGUUGUCCAAAUUGGACGAUGCUCCCGAAGUGCAAUUACGAAAUCUGCGUCAGCAGUAUGUCUGUCCAUCUGAAACAGAAGACGCUAUUCGAAGAGCAGUUUGGAUUGAACUCGAAAAUGCUCCCCUUCGUCUGCUCAACACCUCUACGGGUCUUUUGUGUGACCGAGCAGCACAGCUAAACUCCUUCAAAAUGAGUCUAGAGUACAACGAGCUUAUUUCAUUUCUCACAAAUGAUUCAAACCUGCGAAUAGAGCGUAUCAAAGACGUAGUAGCGACAUACUUCCGCUGCGUUCUGCUAUCACACAGGUGGGAAGAGACAGAGGUACUGCUGGACGACAUUCAGAACAAAGAUUUGCGCGAGUUGGAUGGAAUUGACGGCAUCGCGAAGUUGCAGUCGUUCUGCAAAGUCGCUCGUGAUGCUGGGUAUCGCUGGGCAUGGAUGGACACAUGCUGCAUCGACAAGAAGAGCAAUACCGAGCUUCAAGAAUCGGUCAACUCCAUGUUCGUCUGGUACCGCCACUCAGCGCUUACCAUUGUCUACUUAUGCGAUGUCCCUCCUUUAUCUCAGCCCGGUGCACUGGAAAGGAGUGUUUGGAACAAGCGAGGAUGGACCUUUCAAGAAUUCGUCGCUCCGAAAGUUGUUAUCUUUUAUCAGAAUGAUUGGUCAUUAUAUCUCGACGAUCGCUCUACCAACCACAAAGAGUCCCCUACAAUCAUGAAGGAGUUGGAGGAUGCGAUGGGUAUAGAUGCACGGGCCCUAGUGACCUUCUGUCCAGGGAUGAGCGACGCCCGACAAAGACUUCAAUGGGCCUCAUCACGUGUCACUACAUUGCAAGAAGACAUCGCGUACUCGUUGUUUGGCAUUUUCAGUGUCCACUUACCUGUAAUCUAUGGCGAGAAGAAGCAGAACGCGCUUGGGCGGCUUCUGCAGGAGAUCGUGGCUCGGUCGGGCGACAUCACUGUCCUCGACUGGAUCGGACAACCUUCCGAGUUCAAUAGCUGUCUUCCAGCCUAUAUUACCUCUUACGCCACUCCUCCACGCACCCUUCCAUCUUUGUCUGAAUAUCAGAUUCAGACAACUAUCUCUUCACUGCGAACAAAUUCCGUGGCUGUGGAUUUGGCUUCGAAACUUUACGACCAACUUGAUAACACGAGCGCUGCUCGGUUUGCGAACUGCAGACUACAUCUUCCUUGCAUGGUAUUCCGUGUUACAGAAGUCAGUCUGGGCUACGAUUCAUCACAGGAUACUCGAUAUGAAGUCAAAGCAGACGGGCUUCAUGACCUGCUGAUCACCACCAAAGAACCGAUUCUUCAGCUCUCGCGGAUGAGGCCUACCCAGCAAACCUUCAUACUUGUCCGUCCCUGUAACCGGUCUCUCCUCGAGCUACCAGACUUUGCAGAUCUACAAGACGAUACAGAGAGCGAAGGGGAUUACUUGACGCCACCUUCUUCUCCGUCAGACGACUUACCUAGCCCUUCUCUUGUAAAACAGGAGGUGGAUGAUUUAGAAUCGCGAGCAUUGCGAUUGCUUGUUCAACUUGGGCAGCCUUUUAGCGCCUUUUUGCUAGCGCGACAGCGUGGCGGAGAAUACAAGAGGGUCGCUUCAGAUCGGGAUAUCAUUGCUCAGGUCAAAGAUUUCGCUUCUGCUCGAGAUCUGAUGGACUCCAGGACGAUAGAAAUACUGUAG